AUGGCAGCUUCGAGCGGCAUGGAGUACUUAGAGAUCGACGUGGAGUCGGCCAUGGAGCACUUCUCGCGGCCGAGGCCGUCCAACGCGGACGUCGUGGACGAGGACGAGGCGGAGCUCGUAUGGGCCGCCAUCGAGAGGCUGCCCUCCAUCAAGCGCCACAACUUCGCCAUCGUCCGCUGCGACUCCGUCUCCUACCCCCGCCGCCCCCGAGGCCGAGCCGGCGAGUCCUCUACCUUCGAGGUCGUCGACGUCCGGAAGCUCGACCGCCGCGUCCGCGAGCGCGUGCUGCAGAAAGCCUUCGCCACCAACGACCAGGAUAACUACAACCUCUUGGCCGGCAUCAAAGCCCGCUUUGAUCGGGCAGGAUUGGAGGUUCCGAAAGUGGAAGUGAGGUUCCAGGGCCUGAAUGUGUCUGCAAAAGUUCACACUGGUCGAAGAGCAUUGCCUACUCUCCCCAACUAUGUCCUCGACGCUGUCGAGACAUUUCUCACAUCCUUGCGGAUACUCCAACCGAAUAAACAGACCCUCACCAUCUUGGAUAAUGUUAGUGGCAUUGUGAAGCCAGGAAGGCCAACAUGGUAUUGCUUGAUGAUAAAGCAGUUAAGAUUCGGGGGUUUUGUUGGUCUAUUUAAUAAUGUAUUUGAUGGGCGUGUAAUGUUGUUUGCCUUAUAUGCUGUGGUGGCAGAAUUAUGCUGCUGUUGGGACCUCCUUGUUCUGGGAAAUCCACAUUACUCUCAGCACUUGCUGACAAGUGGAAAUGUGACAUACAAUGGCUGUGCUAUUGAUAAAUUCUGUGUACAAAGAACAUCUGCAUAUAUCAGCCAGACGGAUAAUCAUAUUGGAGAAUUGACUGUUCGAGAAACUUUAGAUUUUGCUGCAAGAUGCCAGGGUGCAAGCGACAAUUGGGCAGAGUAUUUGAAAGAUCUGGUCAGGCUUGAGAAGGAAAAGAAAACCCAUCCAAGUCCCGAAAUUGAUGCAUUUAUGAAGGUUGCUUCAAUUGGCAGUGAAAAGGACAACCUUGCAAAAGAUUAUGUUUUAAAAGUACUUGGUCUUGACAUUUGUGCUGAUACUCUGGUUGGUAGUGAUAUGGUCAGGGGUGUCUCAGGUGGUCAGAAAAAGCGAGUAACAACAGGAGAAAUGAUAGUUGGACCGAGAAAAACCCUUUUCAUGGAUGAAAUAUCUACAGGACUCGACAGCUCUACUACAUAUCAAAUUGUGAAGUGCAUGAGGAACUUUGUUCAUCAAAUGGAGGCAACUGUGCUGAUGUCUCUUCUGCAGCCUGCACCAGAGACAUUUGAUCUUUUUGAUGAUCUUAUACUAUUAUCUGAGGGACAUAUUGUUUACCAUGGUCCCAGGAAACAUGUCCUUGGGUUCUUUGAAUCAUUAGGCUUUUCCUUACCACCUCGCAAAGGAGUAGCAGACUUUCUCCAAGAGGUUACCUCUAGAAAGGAUCAAGCGCAGUAUUGGUCUGAUCGUUCGAAGCCCUAUGUGUUUCUUCCCGUUUCAAAAAUUGCUGAGGCAUUCAGACAGUCUGAAUAUGGAAAAUCUAUAGAAUCCAGUCUCUCUGUUCCUAAUGAUAAAACAAAGUUCCUCCCCUCUGCCCUUGCCAGGACAAAGUUUGCUAUAUCAAAAAGAGACCUUCUCAGAGCAUGCUUCUCUCGGGAACUGCUUCUUAUCUCUCGCCAUCGUUUCCUGUACCUUUUCAGAACAUGUCAAGUUGCAUUUGUGGGAAUCAUCACAUGCACAAUGUUUCUCCGCACGAGGAUUCAUCCUGUUGAUGAGACAAAUGGAAAUUUGUAUCUUUCAUGCUUGUUUUUUGGACUGAUACACAUGAUGUUCAAUGGACUUCCAGAGCUUCCAAUCACUAUAAGCCGACUGCCGGUUUUCUAUAAGCAGAGAGACAAUUUCUUUCAUCCUGCUUGGGCCUUUUCAAUUCCUAGUUGGAUAUUACGUAUUCCUUACUCCAUGAUCGAGGCUGUUGUGUGGUCUUGCAUAGUCUACUACACAGUAGGGUUUGCGCCAAGUGUUGGAAGGUUUUCCCGCUUCGUGCUUUUACACUUUUCCAUGCACCAAAUGGCACUGGGUCUUUUCCAGAUGAUGGCAUCUGUUGCACGCGAUCUGAUUGUUGCCAAUACAUUUGGAUCUUUUGCACUGAUAGCUAUAUUUUUGCUGGGGGGAUUUAUUGUUCCAAAAGAUGCAAUCAAACCAUGGUGGAUUUGGGCUUUCUGGACUUCUCCAUUACAAUAUGGACAACGGGCAAUUUCAGUUAAUGAGUUCACUGCCUCUAGGUGGAAAGAGAGAUCUGCUACUGGAACUGAUACAAUUGGGAACAAUGUUCUCCAUCUGCAUGGUCUGCCCACCCAGGAGUACUGGUAUUGGCUUGGUGUUGGUGUUUUAUUGGCAUAUUCUAUCCUCUUCAACAUUUUGUGCACCCUUGCCUUUGCAUACCUUAACCCACUGGGAAAGGCACAGGCAGUGAUCCCAUCGGAUUCUGCAGAAAAGAAGGACGAGGGUGUUUUAGGCACUAACUCUGAAAUGGGAUCUAAAGUACCCCCGAAGAGAGGAAUGAUCCUUUCCUUCCAACCAGUAUCCAUGACAUUUCAUAAUGUCAAUUACUUUAUUGACAUGCCAAAGGAAAUGAGAACGAAAGGAGUUCCAGAAACACGGUUGCAGCUACUGUCCAAUGUGAGUGGAGUGUUUAGACCACAUGUCUUGACAGCACUGGUUGGUUCAAGUGGAGCUGGGAAGACAACACUCAUGGAUGUGCUCGCUGGGAGGAAGACUGGUGGAUACAUAGAGGGUGAUAUAAGAAUAUCUGGGUAUGUAAAAGAACAAAGCACCUUCGCUAGAAUAUCAGGAUAUGUCGAACAAAAUGAUAUACAUUCACCUCAAGUAACAGUUGAAGAAUCUCUCUGGUUUUCAUCAAGUCUUCGCCUUCCCAAAGGAAUCACCAAAGAGGAUAGACUCGCAUUUGUUGAGGAAGUGAUGGCUUUAGUAGAGCUUGAUGGUCUGCGGCAUGCAUUGGUAGGCUUGCCUGGAAGUUCUGGCUUAUCUACAGAACAAAGAAAACGCCUUACCAUUGCUGUGGAGCUAGUUGCAAAUCCUUCUAUUAUUUUUAUGGAUGAACCCACAUCUGGAUUAGAUGCGCGUGCUGCAGCCAUUGUGAUGCGUACUGUUCGCAACACCGUAGAUACAGGAAGAACUGUUGUUUGCACCAUACACCAACCGAGCAUUGAUAUAUUUGAAGCAUUUGAUGAACUUCUUCUUAUGAAACGUGGGGGCCAUCUCAUAUAUGCAGGCUUGCUAGGUGUGAACUCACAAAGGAUGAUUGAUUACUUUCAGGGGAUUCCUGGAGUCCCUCCUAUCCCAGAUGGUUACAAUCCAGCAACUUGGAUGCUUGAAAUUAGUACGGAAGCAUGUGAAGAAAGGCUUGGUCUUGACUUUGCUACCGUAUACAGAAACUCAGAUCAAUUCAGGGAAGUUGAAGAUUUGAUCCAUCAAUUAAGCACUCCUGCUGCUGGAACAGAGCCGUUGAAGUUCUCCUCAGAAUUUUCACAAGAUACCAUGACCCAAUUCAAAACCUGCUUUCUGAAGCAAAAUCUUGUAUACUGGAGAAGUCCACAAUAUAAUGCUGUGCGCUUGUUCUUCACCACAAUUUCUUCUUUGAUAUUUGGAACCGUGUUUUGGAAUGUUGGUUCAAAAAGGGAAACAGCACAGGACUUGCAAAUUGUAAUGGGGGCUCUUUACGCUUCUUGUCUAUUUCUUGGAGUAAAUAAUGCAUCAUCAGUACAGCCCAUGAUUUCUAUUGAGAGGACUGUUUUCUACAGAGAAAGAGCAUCUGGAAUGUACUCUUCAGUUCCUUAUGCAGCAGCACAGGGUGCUGUAGAGAUUCCAUACAUUUUUGCACAAACUAUUAUAUUUGGUUGCAUCACCUAUUUCAUGGUCAAUUACGAAAAGGCAUUAGGGAAAUUCUUAUUAUACCUCUUGUUCAAUUUCCUCACUUUCACCUACUUCACAUUCUAUGGAAUGAUGGCAGUUGGUUUGACACCGUCUCAGCAGCUAGCAGCAGUUCUUUCACCAGCACUUUAUUCUCUGUGGAAUCUUCUCUCAGGUUUUCUGAUUCCAAAACCUAAUAUCCCCGGUUGGUGGAUUUGGUUUUAUCACAUAUGCCCUACUGCAUGGACUCUGCGAGGCAUCAUUACAUCACAAUUAGGUGAUGUCGAAACCAGAUUAGUUGGGGCUGGUUUUGAUGGCACAGUGAAACAGUUUCUUGAGGAGAACCUCGGCUUUGAGUCUGGAAUGACAGGUGUUACUGCUGCGGUGCUAAUUGGCUUCUCCGUGCUCUUCUUCAGCGUGUACGUAAUCUCCAUCAAAAUCCUCAACUUCCAGAGGCGGUGAUUUCGAAGCAACUGCUUUGCCGACCGAAGACGUCUGCGUUGGUUGCCUCCUUUUUUUGAGGAAUUCUGUCUUCGUCUUCAAAUAGCUCAGAUGUUAUUAAAAUUCAUUAUAAAACAAGAAAUUAGUUUUUAGCCUUCAGUCUGGACCUCAAUUUCUUUCCAUGUCAACAAAGGCUUAUACUUGUUCUUUUUAA